UUGUAUGCUCUUGAGUCAUGCAUAAAUGUUUUAUAUCGAUUUUCUUUACAGAUUCUAUUCAAUUCGGUUAUAAUACUUGUUAGCGGAUAGACGCAUUAAUAUAACCAGUCAGGACUUUUAAAAUGAAUAAACAAGAACUAUCAGCAGUCCGGAAAGUAACACCAUUUAUAUUAGAUAAUCUAGACGUUAAGGAUAUCGUUCCUUACCUGUGGCAGCAUGACUUAGUGAGUCAGAGUGUUACAGACGAAUUGUUGGAACUGAAUGAGACAAGACGGUCUAAAUGUCAGAGGUUUCUGAAUUACAUUUUAUCAGUCGACAGCAAGUGUACAUUUGAAGGUCUCCUUAGUGCUUUGAGGUUUAAAAGUGUGCAUAAUUUUAUUGCCGAUCAGUUACAAAAUGAGUGUGUUACAACAGUGGAUUCUACUGAUGAUAUACAAGAACAAAACGUGGAUGUACAUUCAACAAAACAGAUUGAUGAGCAGCCACGCAAAGAAAUGUUAUGUCAGAAUGUUCGUAAAAUCGAAAUAGUGACAAGAAAAAACAUAAGUGCUGUUUCAGUAAAACUAAAACGAUUAAGCCAUAAUGCGCAAUUUGACACAUUAAAAAAUGUAGCUAGCAAGAUUAAGAGAGCAUAUUAUAAAACCCGAAUGAAACAAAAUGGUAAAAUCACAAGCAAAAUGUUUUUAGCGGAUAUGCAUUUUGUGUCUUUGGAGACAUUAUUUGGCAUGAGACGUGAGCAGUACAAGAACUUUGAGGAUGCACAUGACUAUUUACAAGAAAUGAAUAAUUUGAUACCAUUUACAAAAGAUCCGACUAUAUGUAGCAUGGUGUACCUAUCAAGACUGGGUUCAGCUGUGGCCAUGGAAACCCAAAACGCUCAGGCAGUUGACGAUGGUUUAUCAUACUUGCAAUUCGCAAAGGAACACGCCGAGCACAUUUCACCUGGUAAAGACACGGGCAUGGUGUAUUACAUUGAGACAAAUCUGCUUUUCGAGAAAUAUGAAACCAAUCCUUCCAGUGAAAUGAAAACCAAAAUUUUAAAUACUAUUGAAAUCGGAAUGAGUCAUUUCGCAGAAGAAAGCGAGGACGUGAAACGCGAUUUAAAGAGGCAGUUAAUGAUUAAAAUGGCGUACUGCUACCUCGGAUUAGGUAUAUUUGGAAACAGAAUCGAAAAUGUUGCAAUCGAAAACAGCGAUGUGGUGCAUGCAAAAAAUGUGAUCGAUUGUAUAGAAACUUCUGAAAUGUGGGAUGGUAUGGAAAAAAGGCGAAAAAUGUUGUUUUAUCACGUGAAAGCAGAAUAUUAUCGACAAAUCGGAAAUAUGGAUUUAUCCCGUAUGUAUGCUCGACAAGCUAACCGCCUGGCAGAAAAAUAUCACUGGACUAAGGAAUUGCAGAAUACUUCCUCGUUACUGAACGGACUUGGUUCACAGGCAAAGCCAACUGAGGCAACGGAGGAAGACAUAUAUCAUUUAUUAGACGAAGUUGUUUCAGAUUAAACUCGGUACCUGCUUUUUUCAUUGCGUUUUACACUUUACUUUCAUGAAUCUUCAUCAUUGAGCGUCUUUAAAGUUAUCAAAUAGUCAUCGCUGACCGCGAAACUGUAUUACGAUGAGCAGUUAAUCUUAUUUGAAAAAAUGAUACUCAACACACGUGAUAUAGCAAACACUUGUCUUCGAAUAAACAUGAGUUGAAUUAUG